UAAAUUUUGCAUCUUGGGCUCCACCACGGCCUUACUGCCGCCCACUCAGCACUGACUAGCUCUCUCCAACCCUCUUCCCACUCCGGGUGGUAGGCUGGUCAUCUGCUAUGCCACUGUGGUCUCUACUCAGCACCCAGGCCUGGGGUCCUGGCUCUGUCCUCCUCAUUCUGGUCUUCCUGCUCAGACUGAGUGUGCGGCUCUGGCAUCAGACUCGGCUCUGGGACCUGCAGCACUGCCCCACAGAUCUCACCGGGAAGACGGCCGUGGUGACUGGGGCCAACAGCGGUAUCGGAAAGGUUGUGACCCAGGAGCUGGCCCGCCGUGGGGCUCGGGUGGUCCUUGCUUGCCGUAGCCGAGAGCGUGGACAGCGAGCCCUGGCUGAGAUCCAAGCAGCCACGAAGGAUGCCAGCCUUCUGCUUGGGGAGGUGGACCUGAGCUCCAUGGCCUCCAUCCGGAGCUUUGCCCGGUGGCUCCUGCAAGAGUGUCCCGAGAUACAUCUGCUGGUUAACAACGCUGCAGUCUGUGGAAUCCCCAGGACACUAACCCCAGAGGGCCUUGAUCUCACCUUUGCCACCAAUUAUAUCGGGCCCUUUCUGCUCACAAAUCUACUGCAAGGAGCGCUACAACGGGCAGGGUCAGCCCGGGUGAUAAACGUGUCUUCCUCUUGGCAAACACAAGGGUACUUUGAUGAGGAACAUCUGACAGGGGCUGGUGGACCUUUGACCUUCAACCAGAACUAUUACUGCAGCAAACUGCUUUUGACCUCGAUCACUGGGGAAUUUGCCCGGAGGCUUCAAGGGACAGGUGUGACUGUGAACUCUGUGGAGCCAGGUCUGGUGUACACGGAGAUCAUGAGGCUGUUACCUUUGUACUACCGCUUCUCCUUCUGGAUCUCCAGCUUCUUUAUUAAGGAUCCUACACAAGGUGCAAACCCAGUUCUCUACCUGAGCUUGGCGAAGGAGCUGGAUGGUAUUUCUGGAAAAUAUUUUAGCAGGUCCUGUGUGAUAAUUCCUCCCGCAAAAGCUGCUCAGGAUCCUCAGGUGGCCGAAAGCCUCUGGAAUGCCUCAGUCAAGCUAACAAACCUGGACAAGGUGGACUGAUCCUCUGAGACCCACAUCUAGAGUUCUUCAACAUUAUUUCCUUUGAAUCUGUAUGCUUUUGUACUUUAAUUAUAUUGUUAUUUUGUUAAACUCACAAAUCAGAUAUAUUGCUAUUAUUUAUAGAGUGGAGAUUUGUGUAGCUUUACCUGUAUGUUUACUAUUUUCUUUGGUCAUUCUUCUUUCUUGUGUCUCAGAUCUUCCAUCUGGGGUUAUUUUCCUUCUAUCCAAAGUACAUUCUUUAGAAGUUCCUUUAGUGAGGAUUUGUGGUAGACAGAAUUCUAAGAUGCCCCCAAGAUUCAUACCCUCUGUGUAUACAUUCUCUGUAAUCUUCUCCCCUUAAGUGUGAGCAGAACUAGUGAAUAUGAUGAAAUUUCAUGUCUGAUUAUGUUAUAUACCUGAAAAGUGGGAUUUUGCUGAAGUAAUUAAAGUUUGUAAUCAGUUGG